GUGAUCAGCAGCUCGCAGUGUGUGUAGUCUCUCACUCCAACUUCUGUGAACUGCGACUCCCGUCGUUCCUUGCGUCGCAGUGUCAACAUGGCGCCUGUCUGCCGGACAAAAGGCGAAUCUGUCUGACGGCGGAUUGAAACCCAAUUAGAAACGGAGGAGACAUUUUGGGAAAACUGUCAGUGUCGGUGAGUCCUGGCGCCGCGAGGCAGCAGAUACAUGUUGGAGUAAAUGUGCGCGGAGGCUCUGGCACUGGAAUAAUCAGGAUGUUCCAGCAGGGUGAAGAGCCUCGUUUCACCAUCGAGCAGAUCGACCUCCUCCAGAGGCUAAGGAGAACGGGGAUCACCCAUGCGGAGGUCCUCCAUGCCCUGGACACCCUGGACCACCUGGACCGGCAACAUGGACAUAAGUUGAGCCACAAACCUUCCUACAUGCCUCCCUCGUCUUCUUCCAGCACCGUCGCCGCCUCUUCAUCCAUGACUUCCGCUGCCACUCAGACAAGCUUCCCUGACAACCAACUUUCCAUGUCACCCAACAAUAACUUCGACACCACCUCCCUGCCUCUGCCGGUUCCAGUUGCCUCACCUGUCGUUAUGGCAGCUGUGGCUCAGAACGGCCUGGUUGCCGUCAGCAAUGGGAGGCUGUCACCGCCGCGGUUUCCUCUCGGCGUGGUUGGCGGCAGUGUGACUGCACCAGGCUACGGGUUUGAGGCCAGUGAAGAGGACAUAGAUGUUGAUGAAAAGGUGGAGGACUUGAUGAGAAGGGACAGCGCUUUGAUCAAAGAGGAGAUUAAGUCCUUUCUGGCGAACAGGCGGAUUUCCCAGGCCGUGGUCGCUCAGGUAACCGGGAUCAGUCAGAGUCGGAUCUCCCAUUGGCUCCUGCAGCAGGGGUCUGACCUCAGCGAGCAGAAGAAACGAGCCUUCUUCCGCUGGUACCAGCUGGAGAAGACUAACCCGGGUAACACCACUGCCCAUCUCCCACAUAACCUUGCCUCUUCUUCCACUUGUGAACACUAUUUUACUCCUAAGAAAAAGAGAGCUGUUUUGCUGUCAUUGAACAAUGACUACACUGUCAAGAUGUGUGGAAUGUCGAUAUGCUAUGAUCAGGUUUGUGUUUUUGAAGAAGCAGCCAUCUUGGAGAGUCACGGAAUCGAGGUUCAGAGUCCUGGAGGUCAGUCCAACAGCGACGAGGUGGAUGGCAACGACUUCCCUGACCAGGGAUGUGAGGUUUCUUUAUUUGACAAGAGAGCUUCAGCCAGGCAGUUUGGGUUCAGCAGAGCCGACCUCUCAUCUCCAACCCAGGUUCCCACACUGCUCCCCAGCUGGUUCUCCGCUCUGGGUAGAGGAGGCUUGUCCGGACAGAGGGGCACGUCUCUGAUUGGCCGCUCCCUAGUGACAGGGACGGGUCCUCAGGCAGAAGGAUCCAGACUGACAGGCGUGUCCUGGUCUCCGCCGUCCCCUUCUCUCCAGGACGAACCCACCAUCCACAGCGUGCUGUCCGAGCCCCAGGACCCCGUCGGGUUGGAGAAGGCAGCUGCCAGUCGGGUGGAAGGGGCGGGCUGCAGCGUGGGGAAUGAUAUCAAGACGGAAAUGCUUGAGGAUGACUGAAGAGGGUGGUUGAUACUGGAGUUGUCAGAAAACAGGUGUGUUAAUAUGCAAGCUGAUUUUAUAGGAAUGUAAUAAGUGGAAAAAAAUGACCAAAAGUCGUGUAAACGCCAACCCUGAGAUACCUCCCAACCCUACCUCCAACCAUCAACCUGCUCUGCUAUGCUCUUAUAGGCAUUACUAGUGUAUUAUAACAAUGACAAUAAUAAUAACGAUUAACUUCUAUAUGUCAAAGUCCUCGUCAGAUGACUGUGGAAUAUUUCAAAUGCCUUCAUAACAAGAAAAUCAGAUAAAGAAAGUGAAAUAAAUGACAAAUCAAUCAAUUAUGAGACAGAAAAUGCAGAGUAUCAUCAAAAGUAACGUGUGUUGUCUUACACAUUAUUCUUUGUUAUUAAGGCAUUUUUAAUCCUCCAUAGAGAGACUGACUUAGUAACAGGACUUGAUGUUUUGUGCAGAUUUCCUUGAUAAACUGCGUUUUUACAGACACUGUAUUCAUCACGGGAUUCAAUAGAUUUCAGGGUCUUGCACUGUGAUCACAACACAACUGAACAGCCUCAAAAAACUAAAUACAUGAAUUUGACAGUUAAGUUCAUUUUAACUGCUUGUUUUAAAAUCAGAGUUAUGUAAUUCAUGUCAUCACAGUUGAUUACAUUUCACAUUCGCUGUUGAUUCCUUCCAGUGAGAAGAACAGCAGAAUAAGCUCCGUUUUUUUUUUUUAAAGUCACGGUCACGUUACAGCUUAAGAUGACUAAAAAUGACCAGUUCCUCUGUCCCCCACCCUGAUGAAAUAAGCUCAACAUAUGGAAGCAAAGAAUGGGCACAAUAAUUUUAAUUUGAACACAUUUUUUCCCAAUUUUACAACCAUUUCUUAUGGUCACAAACUCUGAUAUAACUCCAGCUGUCCAGGUUUUCCACUUGUCUGAGCUGCUCUUCCUUGGACGACAUGCAAAAUGUAACACAACCUCAUUGCUUUGUCUUGGCUGCUUGAAUUUGAAUUUCUGUUUGGAAAUAUAUGUGUAAAAAAAUCAAAAGGUGCUUUUUGGUGCUAAAGUGAUGGAAGUUUGUCAGUUUAAAAUGGGCGACUGGAAUUUUUGACUUUAUGAAAUAAUGAGUGAUCUUUUUUUAGAAUUUUAAGAAUUCUUUUCAGGUUUCUCCAAUUUAAAUGUUAGAAAAUAAUAUUUUCUAUUAUAUUACACAACUUAAAAUGAGCUACUGAAAUUUUUAAAGAGGAAUUCAAGCCCCAUGAGCAGCACCAUACUUCACUGCUAUAAAUCAGGUGGUAAAUGAAUGACACUCAGUAGAGCGCAUACCUCGUUGCACACACUCAUAGAUAUCAGUCUUCUAAAUGGGUCUGAUUUUCCUCAUCAAGAUCCAUGAUUUAUUCAGUGGGAAUUGUUCAAAUUGGUGAAAAAACAACCCCACAAUUUUAAAGAAAGUGGGGAAAAAAAAGAUCCUGAUCCUAACAAAGUUUAGUAGUUGCCUCUUCCCCGACCCAUAACACAUGCUUCCACCAAGUUGUGUAGUAAAAAAUAAACAAACAAACAAACCAAUGCCUGGGGUGAAAACCUCCUCGGCAGAAGUAAUUCAAAUUGUUAUCGCCUCUUUGCUUCCAUAUCAAUAUCAAAUGAUUAAGAAAGAAAAAGUGACUCAACACAAAUGUCACAUGUCGCCAAAUACAGAUUUGUGUAAAAACUAGAAAUGUGAGCGUCCAGACGACCAAGUGUUCUCUAUUCAUUUGUGCCCUGUUCCGUGACGGAUGCUCAGGCAGAAUGAAUGAUCACUGUGAGAUCAUCUAUAAUCAAUAGAAUCAGCUGGGAGGGUUCAACAGUUUAAUCAAACUGUUUAGAUAUUACAGAUUCAAGUGUAAAGUGAAUACAUGAAUAUAAUAGAGGCGUAUGUACGCAUACGUACACACAUACGUAUAUACAGUAUAUAUAUGAUAUAAACUGUGAGGGUAUGUGUAUAUGUGCCCGGAUCCAUUUCUAUUUACAGUAUAUAAACAUAUUAGCUUCUAAGGAGAGAAACUAUCAAUAUGAGUCUUUGUUGUUGGCAAAAGGUGAGUGAAGCAUUAGCCAAAGUAUUAAGUUGAAAGUUUCUGUAUUUUCUGAGUGUAUGAUAGUCCUGGAUUGAAUUAUGUAUUAGAGAUAUGCUAAUCAAUGAUGCAUCAGAUGUGUCACAUUAUCGCAAAGCUAAAUGCAUCGUGUUCCUCUGUAGGUAUAUCUGUGUUCGUGCCCGAUAUGCCAUGUGUUCUAAACACACAUGUUCACGUUUCAACUCAGUUUUCUUUUUAAAUGACACUUUAUUGGAUAAAUGUCAUGGUGCUUAAGAGUCGCUGCUGGUCCAACACUUCAUGGUCAGUGUCAGUGACGGAACACAUAGCCAGAAGGAAAAAAAAGAUUAGAGAAACUGAGGGUGUUCCUCAGAAAGCUAAGAGUUAGAUUCUUUAGAGACGAUCACAACGAGAAGUCGUCUAUCUGAAACAUAAAUGUUUGAUCACACGAGUCACAUCUAGAAAUAUUUAUCCCAGUACAGCCGCUGUAGAAGUCCCAUCUGUUCUCUGCUUUACAAUAAAAUCCUCAUGGGUUUAGCCCUUUAGACCAGAGUCUAACUACUGGUUGGAUGAGAAAAUACUAAUAAACUAGCAGGAGACAUGAUUAUCUCAUCAUUAUUCAUCCCACUUUUGUGUCCACGAUAUUCAUCUCAUCCAAAACACUUUUGUUUGGGUAAGAUUGCAGAUGUGUUUGCCUUUAGAAACAACAAAUUAAAUUCCAUCCAUCAUCUAUACCACUUAUACUUUGAGGGUCGUGGGGAAGCUGGAGCCAAUCCCAGCAGACAUUGGGUGAGAAGCAGGGUACAUCCUGCACAGGUCACCAGUGUAUCACAGGGUCAACUUAUAGCGACAAGCAUCUGUUCACACUCACAUCUACAGUUUAGUGUCUCCGGUUAAUCUAACCCGAGUUUGCAUGUGUCUGGACUGUGGGAGGAAGCCAGAGAAAAAGAUGCAAGCUCCACACAGAUAUUUAGAAUCAGAACCUUCUUGCUUUGAGGUGACAGUGCUAACCACUGCCCCCCUGUGUCACCCAGCAAGCAUUCUUAUUAUUUCCAUAAUCAUAAAAUCUCCCAUAUAAUCCACUAAUAUCUGGUUUCUGCAGUGUGAAUGGAUACAAUCAGCAUUCACUCCCUGGUCAAAUGACUCUGCAGUUUAAUCGGCUCUGACUCCAAUCGGUAGUGAUGGAGACACUUGGGUGAACACGCUAAUUUGGCAACAAAGCAAGUGAGAGAGCACCUCAGUUGUUGGCGCCCUCCUAACUUCGAAAAUGACUCAUUGGGGGAAAACAGAAAAAUAACCUUUUUUAACGGGUUUACCUGUGUUUUAAACAACUCUGUAUACCUGCUAAUGUUGGUGUAAAAGAGGAUGAGGGUGUAGUGAGUCAGAAGCAAAACAAUGAGCUAAAACAGGCUGACAGAGUGUGAUGGUCACAGUAUCCCACACGUUUGUUCCUGUUUCUAUAUCAAUUAGUGUAGCUUGGCUCCCUGAUGAGGUUUUAAUUCAAACAUUUCAAUGAUGCUGAUUAUUAGUCAACUUCAGCAGCUGAUCCUUGAUAAAUGAUUGUGUUGUCAGUAGUGUAGUCAGCUACUUCUGUUUUAUUGUGUGACACAGGUGUUGCUGUGGGGCAGCUGGUAGAAAUAGCUCUCUAUCUUUAGUACAUCAGCUGUGAUCCAGCUCCAUGGAACCAUGUCCCUGAUGUGACAUUAGUUAUUCAGCACAUGAGAUGUACUGGAUGAUUUUAAGUUAAAGUGCCUUAUUUUUUACAGUGUACAGGAUCAGUGCAGGCCGGAGGUCUCCUACAGCGGCUGUAAACACAUGAGUAAUGCUAAGCUAAGCUACAUAUGAACAGUGAAGUGGCUUCAUCGUUGUUGAUCACCAGGUGCUUUACAGGCUCAGCUACUAGUUCAGAGUUAAACACUCGACACAUAUACCUCACUAACAAUCAAACUACCCCCUUAGCUACAGUAUAAGCUACACCUGCUCCGCAGCUGCUGUAAUGUGAAUCAACGCCCGGGCCGCUGGGAAUUAAAGAAGCUGUAAAGACAGCGCACGCUGGCUAAUAACAAACUUCAGUGUCCUUUUUAAAGGGAAAUUCCCUCAAACUCGAGCCAAUAAAUAUUCAUUUGGAAAGUAAAGGGAAGUUCCACUCCAGAAAAAAACAUAUAUUUGUUCAUCAGCUCAGAGUCCAUGGAAUAAAUGUAUAAUAGUUUAUUUUGCUCCUCAUCCUGGUGGAGUCCAAACACGUCGUCAGUGUUGGCUUCAGACUGAGCGUCUAAGAAAGUGUUAAACUUAGUGGUGGAAUGUCUCUUUAGUCGUGCGGCAGCAGAGCUGUCCUGGUGUCUUUGCUUUAAGCAGUUAGACUCUGAGGCAUCACUUAUGUAGCUGUGUCAUCAAUAUAUGAUUAUUUACACCAAAAAUAUCAAACCAACCCCUCCCAGGGUUGGAAAUGUUUUUUUUUUCUUCUUUUGAAUCUGCCAAGCAGAAGCCUUUCUGAAGUGAAUCUGUGGAUUCAUUUGAGACAAAGUGCUGUUCUGAGAUUAUUUCAGCAUUUGAAAUGCUUUAAGUUGCUGCCUUCAUGGUCUUAUCGUGAAGUUGUACUUUAGAGUUCUGAUGCAGGAAAUUGAAAGAUUGUCAUUAUCCUUGUUUUUGUGUCAUUAUAGAGCCAAGAAAUCUGAAAGCAAAAAUUCAACAAAUUAAAAACAAAAGAUUUGACACGCAUGCUUAAUGAGGAACCACAAACUAAAUGAAACUGUAAAUGAGACAAGCUGCUGUCUUUUAAUUUUUUUUUGUGGAAAAGUUGUUGCUCUCAGAUUUUCUUCCUGCCUUGUUUGUUGCACAUGUUCUGUAGGUGGGUGUAAUCCACCUGCGUUAAUGUACAUUUCAACAUAAAAAAAAAUCUCAAUCUAUAAAAGCAGAAAGUGAAAGUCUUUUCAUAUAAUAAAAAAAGUUAUAUCAUAUUAUAUUUCCCUUAAAAACUCAAAGCAUUUUGCUCUUCCAGUCAGUGUGUCAGACUUUGUCUCUGACGACAGCGCGUUUUCUUCUCUGGUUUAAAUGCAGUUCUAUCUUCAGCCUUCAUUCCUCUGUUGCCUUUGUUUUGUUUUUAAACGGCGAGCAUCCUUCACUGCUGAAUCAGAUCAGGUCCUGGAACAUGUGUACGUGUGUCCAGGCAUUCACUGUUUUCUCGAUCACAUUCAUUAUUACCCAUUGUCGUCUCUUUCUCAACAAACACAGCAGAGUAAAUAUGUACUGGAUCUUAGAUGUCUUCACUGGCUCCCAGUAAGGCAGACUGGGCUGUAGAGGCUCCAUCUGAUCUGAGAUCUGCUGCCUGAACUUUUAUUUUACUGGGAAAAAGACAGUUAUUGUGAAAGCAUCCAGCUAAAAAAAACGUGGAUGUUCCGUCUUAAUGUUCAUUUAAUCAGCCAAUGACUGGAAAUGCGUCUAAAAACAUUUGAUCUGCUAUUUCAUUCUGGAAAUAAACUCUUGAAUAAUUCUGUGUAAGAAGAAAAGUAUCGAACCCUCAGCAGGAUGUUUGUUGUAGCAGUUUGAAUGUUUGUUUUUCUUUUGAAUCCCCUCUCGUUCUCUUCUAUUUCAAGAUUUAGUGCCUUUUUUGGACGGUAGACUGUUCUGUAAUCGCUAUGUAGAAAAUCUACAUAUGCCUUUUGUUACUUUUUCAUCUGUUGGAUAAACCUGAUUUGUUAUUUUUAAGGUGUGUUUUUAUUGAUAUUAUAUUUACAAGGGAAUAAAAACUGAUCAGUCCA